AAUGUCUUGGAAUAUAUUAUCCACAUCCAUUGUAAAUAUUGCUGCACUUUUUCAAUAAAUAUCAACAAAGGCUAGUGCAACGUAGAGGUGUUGUUCACAUUUUCAUCAUGUUAAUUGCAGAGUAUUUCAGGGAUAAGAAUAUUUUUAUAACAGGGGGUACAGGAUUUAUGGGAACAGUGUUGAUAGAAAAAAUUUUAAGAUCAUGUCCGGCUGUAGGAAAUAUUUAUAUUUUAAUCAGAGAGAAGAAAGGAAAAUCGAUAGAGAAGCGCAUAGAGUUGAUACAAAAUUUGCCGCUUUUUCAAUUGCUUAAGAAAACAAAUCCAGAUGCGUUUUAAAAAGAUGAUACCGAUAAGAGGAGAUGUUACAGAAAUAGAUUUAGGGUUAUGUCCGGAUGACCGAAAAAUGUUAAUAGAAAACGUCAACAUAAUCUACCACACUGCUGCUUCAGUACGUUUCGAUGAUUUCCUCAAGGACGCAAUUCUUAUAAAUAUACGGGGCACCAGAGAAGUUGCUAAGUUAGCUUUAGAUACUCAAAAUCUCGACUUCUUUUUGCACGUUUCUACGACAUUCUGCAAUACCGACAAAGUUGUAGUAGAAGAAAAACUUUAUCCACCACAUGGCGACUGGAGAUCAACUAUAACAUUGGCAGAAGAAUGUGAUGAGGCACUGUUGUGUGCUUUAAGUGAAAAAUAUAUUCGCCCCCUUCCAAAUACUUAUACGUUUGCUAAAUCGUUGGCUGAACACGUGGUAAACGAUUUGUGUUUUGGAAAGAUACCAGUUCUUAUAGCUAGACCAUCUGUGGUGGUCUCAACAAUAACAGAACCAAUUCAAGGAUGGAAUGCCAAUUUUAAUGGACCUGUUGGGUUGUUGGUGGCAGGCGGAAAAGGAAUACUUCGAACAACAUUUGGAAAUGCUGUAGAAACUUCUGAUUAUAUACCAGUAGAUAUAGCAAUAAAAGUGAUAUUAAUGGCAACUGCAAAAUAUGGAGGAAUAAGAGGAACUGAAAAUAUUGAAGUAUUGAAUUUGGCACAAGGAAACAUAGGUCAGCUGAAUCUGGGAGAAUUAGUCCAAAUGGGCAGAAAACUUAUAUUAGACACACCUUUUUCUACAAUUAUGUGGUAUCCUAGAUUUAGUGUAACAAAUUGCUGGUAUAAUUUUUAUAUACAAGUACUACUUUUUCACAUGAUUCCAGCAUUCUUCGUGGAUCUUAUGUUAAGACUGGUUGGAAAAAAACCUAUGAUGUUUUCACUUCAAAGAAAAAUAUACAUAGCAAACGUAAUAUUGCAGCCAUUUGUAUCAUUCACUUGGAUUUUUCGUAACGACAAAACUAUGGCUUUAAGAGAUUCGGUUACAGAAGAAGAGUUUACUGAAGAUAUUAAUAUGAGCAUGGAUAGAGUUUACGACUAUUUUAAGAAGUCAAAGUGGGGAGCAGCUUUAUAUAUUCUUAAAGAAGAUUUUGACUUUACCCGUAUUCAGUCAAGAAAAAAUUUGAGGAGGUUUUGGUAUAUAGACAUUGCAUCGAAGUUAAUCCUCUUCUGUUUUCUUAUAUGGCUCCUAACGUUCAAGUUACAGAUUAUUCCUCAUAUAUUUACUGCAGUUCAAAACUACUAUACCAAUUUAUAGAACACAAGAUAACAUGAGACGUUUUCGUUAUCGACGAGAGCUAAAAGAAGCUUACGAGUACUUAUCUAUUAUAAAUAGCUUUUCGCUUUAGAUAUUAUUGAUUAUUGUUAGCUUUUACGUUCCUGUUGAAUAAUUGUAAACAUUCAAAGUAACUCUUUAAUGGACGUCUUACAUUUGUUAAAAAUUAUUGUUGAUUAUCUGUUUUCCAGAAAUGCAUGUUUUUAUAAAUAAAAAGAUACAAGAC